CAGGAGUUGGGUGGGGGCUCUAGGACCUGGCCCUGCCAGGCAGAGGAGGUGCUGUGCCAGGCCCCUGGGUGGCAUCUGCGCCCUGACCACAUGCUCGCGCCUCUGCAGAUGCUGGGCCAGUUCAUUGCCCGGGCCGUGGCUGACCAUGCGCUGCCCCUGGACUUCCUGGACCGCUACAAGGGGCGCGUGGACUGCGAGCACGCCCGGGCUGCCUUGGACCGCGCCGCAGUGCUGCUCCGGAUCAAGCGGGACGUGAACCAGUUGGACAACGUGUGGGGAGUGGGGGGCGGCCAGAGGCCUGUGAAGCAUCUCAUCAAAGAGAUGAACCUGCUGCUGCGCGAGUACCUGCUGUCCGGGGAGGUGUCGGAGGCAGAGCACUGCCUGCGGGAACUGGAGGUCCCUCACUUCCAUCAUGAGCUGGUCUAUGAGGCUGUAGUGAUGGUGCUGGAGUCCACAGGCGAGACUCCCGUCGUCAUGAUGGUAAAACUGCUCAAGGUGCUGUGGGAGACCGGCCUGGUGACCCUGGACCAGAUGAACCGGGGCUUUCAGCGAGUCUAUGACGAGCUCGGAGACAUCAGCCUGGAUGUGCCCCUCGCUCACCGUAUCCUGGAGCGGCUGGUGGAUCUCUGCUUUGAGGAGGGAGUCAUCACCAAGCAGCUGAGAGACACCUGCCCAGCCAGGGGCCGGAAGCGAUUUGUGAGCGAGGGUGAUGGGGGGCAGAUCAAGCAGUAACUGGCCGUCUCGUCCCCCCCAGCCCGACAGUCCCCUGGAGGUGAUUGAUGUCCCCCAGCCCUGGAGCUUCUCCUUGUCUGUCUCCAGCUGGGAACGGCGCCAGGGAACCACCCAGCCCCAGCUCCCAGAGGGGCGGUGCAGAGGCUGUGAUGGAUCUUGGGGGGGAGGUGGGGUCCAGGAGCAGGGACGGGGCUGGUGGGCUGAUCUCCCAGCUGGGGCUGCCCUGGAGGUGGAAGGGGGGGUGGGGGGUGGGCUGGGUGCAGCUGCAGGACUCUUGUCCCCUCCCCCUCCCUGCAGCCCCAGCUGGGAGAUGCCCCUCCCUCGCCUAGUGGGGCUGUGUCUGUGCCCCCCCAAGCUUGGCUCCAUGCAGUGGGGUUAGCAAGGGGGCAUUUCCUCCCUCCCCUCUCCCCCCAGCCUCCUAUGGUGGCUAGUUCAGGAAAGGGCCUGGUUCUCACUCUACCCCCGGGGCAGGGAGCUCUGCUUGGGGGCUUUGGGAUUCCUUUCUUCCCCACAAUGGAGCAACUGAGGUCACCCCAUGUGUCAGUCCAGCUGGGGAGGGCCUGGUGGCGCAGGCCUGGCUGUAACUCCAUCUGCAGCGUGCUCCUUGGUGCCCCCCUUUCCCACACCAGGGCGUGGCCUGCAGAAUGGGCUGGGUAAAACCAGCCUGUCUUAGGGGAAGGCAGUGUGUCCUUACUCUGCCCCAGGGAGCGGAGCUGGGGGCUUGCAAGAGAAAUGCCCAGGCCUCUCCCCUGGGCUGGGCACCCGGCCACACAGGACAAGCUGCUUCCUUGUAUCUUAUGCCAAGGGCCAGGAACAACCUCCAGAGCAAAGGAUUCUGGGUCACACCGAUCAGCUUGCCUCAUGGGCAGUGACACAGGUAAGGGGGCCACACCCACCUCCCCACAUCUCAGCUCUGCUCCUCUUCUAGGCAGAGAUCCUGCUCCCCCCCAGGGACCCACAUAAGGACUGCUCCAGAGACUAGCCUCAGCUCUGCCCCUAAGGUGAUCGGCUGAGCAUUACCCACAGUCCACUGCCUUGUGCUUACUUUACUACCCUACAGCGAUUCAUCAUAGUGGAGCUUCCCUGGGCUGCAGCACUGGGAGGAGGUAGCACCAACCACCGGUACAGGCCGCAUGCAGGAGCACUGGGUGUGACAGCUGGAGUGGGGGGUUCUGCCUGGCCUAAGGGGGCCCAGUUGACGAAGGGCAGGUAUUUGAAGGGUGUGGAGCCGGGGGGCCUGUAGGCCUAGGGUGGCUGGGGGUAUCUCAGGGAGGUGAUGGGCUGGGACUCGUCUCCCAGGGCAGGGGCCUUAAACCCCAGCGCUUGAGCAAGGUGGGACCUGUGGGGGCUACUCCAGGUCUGCCUUCCAGCACCCUGAGGAGUCUAUCACCCCCUGGUAGGCCCCACUGUUGGGCUUGGGAGCAGGGAGUCAGCAGCUGGGUGCUGCAGCAGUGGAUGGCCCUCCCUGGCUUGAGGAGCGGGGCAAAGGGGCAGCGCUGAUGCAUAAACACAAUAAAGAUGUGUCCAAAGGAA